UUACGAUAAAAUAGUUUUCAGAAAAUAUGUGGAAAAGUCAAGUCGGAGUUAAUGUUGGAAAAGUUACCCAGGAGGAGGAGGAAGAUGAUUGGGAGACGGAUCCUGAUUAUGUUAAUGAUAUGUCAGAGGAACAACAAAGGUGGGGUGGAGCCAGGGAUACAGGAACAAUUGAUAUGGAUUCUUUUAGAGAAGAGGUGAAAAGUGAAGACAAAGAGAACAUGAAGAAGAAGAUACUAGACAUUAACAACGCUCACGGGUACGGAGGAAAGUUUGGAGUUGAGGCAGAUAGAAUGGAUAAGUCUGCUCAUGGUCAUGAUUACAUACAUAAGGUGGAUAAGCAUGAGUCUCAAACUGAUUACAAGACAGGGUUCGGCGGAGAGUUUGGUAUACAACAGGAUAGACUAGAUAAAUCUGCCCACGGUUGGAACGAAGGACAAGGGUCAGUAGGAACCAAUUACACUAAAACUAAACCCGAAGUUCCAGCGCGUAAUGCGGGAAACCUGCGCAAUAGGUUCGAAAACAUGGCACUACAGUCCGAGGAAGAAAACAGAAAGAGGUUGGAGGAGGAACGAAAACGACGUGAUGAGAAGGAUCGGAGGGAUAGGGAGGAGGCGAAGAGGAUGGAGGAGAAGAGACAGGUUGGAGAGGAGGAGGAAAACAAGAGAAGAGAUGAGAUGAGGAUGGCAGAGCAACAACGAAUGGACAGGGAGCUUGAGGAUCAGAGAAUCAAGGAGGAGAAGGAGUUUAAGAGAAGAGAAGAAGAGGAGAGAAGGCAGAGAAACAUAGAGGAGGAGAGGAGACACAAAAUGGAGGAAGAAAUAAAGCUCCGGGAAGAAAAGAGACAGGAGGAAGUGAGGUUGAGAGAAGAGGAGAGAAAGAGACAAGAGGAGAAGUUGAUGCAGAUGAAUAGGGAGGAUGAGGAGAGAAGAGAACUUGAAGCAAGAAUAGCGGAGGAGAGAAGGAGGGAGGAUGAGGAGAGAAAACAGGAGGAAAGAAGAAUACAGGAAAUGAGACAGGAGGAGGAGAGAAGAUGGGAAGAAGAAAGACGGAGGGAGGAGGAAAGGAGGAUGAAAGAAGAACAGAAGCGAGCGGAGGAAAGACGAAUUGAAGAAAAUCAACUUAGAGAAGAUGAACUUCGCAGGGAAGAGGAACGAAGAAAGGUUGAAGGGGACAGGAAAUUGGCAGAGGCUGAGAGAAGAAGUGCCGAGACAGGAAGGCAGGAAGAUAUGAAACAAGCGGAGAAGAAUAGAGAAGAAAGAAGAGGAGAAGAGGAGCGAAGAAGGGAAGAAGAUAGAAGGAGGGAUGAUGAGACGGUUAGGCAGGAUGACCGCUAUGAUCUCCCGCCAGAGGAUGACGGCGGUGAAACAUCUGGUAUUUCUGCUAUAGCUAUUUAUGACUAUCAGGCAAUGGCCGAGGAUGAAAUCAGCUUCGACCCGAACGAUAUCAUAACAAAUAUAGAGAUGGUGGACGACGGCUGGUGGAUCGGCGAGUGUCAUGGAAGAUUCGGCCUCUUCCCGGCCAACUACGUCGAAGUUCGGCAAUGAAAUAAAAAAUUGCUCGAAUCGGCCGGCGCGCCGAAAUUUCGCGUCCAUCUUAAAUAUAAAUAUGUUGUAUGCUUUGAAAGUGUGAACUGUAGGUUUUUAUAAAUGUUUUGUAAGCAAGCAUAUUUCCGUAUUUUCAAGAACAACUCGAGACAAUUAGUAAAGAUGGUUCUUAAAUUAUUUUUAUACAACGUCAAUUUUAUUCUUUACUUGGUCUCCUGUUGGUGUUCAGUUUUAUGUACUUUAUAUCAACUUUUUAUAUUAUGUAUUCGAUGGUCAUUGGUGAAGUUGCUUCGAUAUAUUUUUUAAAGAAAUUUUUUGCGAUGUUUAAACGCCAAAUUUGUUUUAUUCAAAUUAAGUAUUAUCAUGUUGACUUAUGACAUACUAGCAUUGUGAACUAAAGUUAGUAUUGAAAGAUAACAAGUGUAAUAAACAUGGAUUACUUUGAUUUUACAUUUUACACUGUACGUAAUACUGUAAACUGUACAGGAUAAGUUACACUGUAAACUGUACAGGGUAAGUUACACUGUAAACUGUACAGGGUAAGUUACUCUGCAAACUGUAGAGUGUACAGGGUAAAUUACACUGUAAACUUUACAGGAUAAGUUACACUGUAAACUGUACAUGAUAGGUUACACUGUUAACUUUACAGGAUAAGUUACACUGUAAACUGUACAUAAAAAGUUACCCUGUAAACUCUACAGGGUAAGUUACACUGUAAACUGUACAGGGUAAUUUAAACUGUAAACUGUAUAGGGUAAGUUACUUUGUAAAUUUUACAGGGUAAAGAACACUGUAAACUGUACAGAGUAAAGUUACACUGUAAACUGUACAAAGGAAGUUACACUGUAAACUGUACAGGGUAAGUUACACUGUAAACUGAACAGUGUAAGUUACUUACAUGUAAACUGUUCGUUGUACACGGUUUGUCAUUUGGUCACUGUUUGUUUUGUGGAUCAAGAGAAUUUAGUCUAAUGUUUAGAAUUUGAAUAACCUUUUUCUAUUGAUUAGAUCAUUAAAAAAAUAAACAAAAUAUAAAUUAUGCAUAACACCAGCUAAUUUUUUUCGAAGUAUCCACAGUCAAUAGAAUUAGGAUAUCAAUUUUUUGUAUUAAAUUUUUCUUGCUUGUUAUGAUUUUGUCGAAUUUUCAUGAUGAAAUAUGUUAAGUUUGAUAUAUACACUACAGGGUAUCCCAAUAAACUUGGGAAUUCAGUGACUACUUUUAUAUCGUCUUCGAUCCAUGUGGCAUUUUUCAUUAACACGAUUAUUGCAGUAUUCAAGCUUAAACAUCUAAUAUCGAAAACUCCUGAUUUUGAGAUUUUAAAAAUGUGGUCUACAAUUUUUGUGUGAUCAAAAUUGACGAAAAUAUUGCAAAAUUUGUACAAAUUUCAAGUUAUUUAAUAAAUCAACAUUGUCGUAAUAUUUAAUAUCUUCGUCAAGUUUUAAGAGACCACCAUAAGGUGACCACUUUUUAAAAAGCUCAUCAGAGUACAGCCUCACUUUUUACUUUCUUUGUCAUGCAUUAAAUGUCAAAAAUCAAAGACGACUUUCAAGUCGUCUUUUAAUCCCCAUGUUUAUUGGGACUACCUGUAUAAUUCGUGCAGUUUAAGUAAAUUUUAAAAAUGAAAUGAUUGAUGGAAGAAGGAAACUGCAUUAUUUAUAUUAAAUUGGGAUCCUAUGUUGUUAAAAAUGUUGCAAGCUUGUUUCUGAUGUCCUAAGUGUUGACAGCACUCAGCCAAAUGGAGUGAAAUAAUAAUGAGUUAUAUGGAGUAAAAUAUCCGGUCAGAUUGUGAAGGGGGGGGAAUAGUUGCCCCCCCCCUCCAGCUGUUCUGGAACCCCUUGAUCUAAAAAUGGAAUCUCCCGGAAGAAAGUAAAAUGUUUAGUUAGAUGAGGAUUGGUGGGCUGGAGACCUGAACGGUAGAACAGGAAUAUUCCCGGCCAACUAUGUGGAACUCUUGUAAUAUAUUAUAGGAUGGGGGGGGGGGGGUGCUUUCUUCAUUGUUAAUUUUUAGAUAUCUAUUGUGUCAAACUAAAAAUGUAAUUGAAAUAUUGAAAUGUGAUUAUGUGUCCAAGCUGUAGAUUGAUUAUGUUCAUUAACUGUGAUUAUGUUAAGAUAUAUAUAAGGAAUAGGGAAUGUAUUUAAAUAUGCGUAUUAUAUUGUACAAUGCACAUGAAUGUUUACAGUGCACAAUACUCUGUACAUAGCACAUUUGAAUGUCUACAGUAAAGAGCACAUUUUAAUAUGCACAUUGCAAUGUUCACAGUAUACUGUUCAAUGCACACUUGAAUCCAUACAAUUAACAAUACCCUGUUUGUAUUCAAUUGUACAGCGCACAUUUGAAUUGCUAUUGUAUACAUUACAGUAUUCAAUCUAAUUGUAGAAAGUAUAAUUACACUGUAGUUUGCAUAUUUGAGGGUUCGCAGUACAUUGUGGAUGUAUAUAGAGCACAGCACGCUGUACAGUGUACAAUGCAAAUAUGAGUGUUUUCAGUACAGAGUGAAAUUUACAACGCACAUUAAAAUGUUUACAGUAAAUAUUUCACGGUAAAACGAAAAUUUGAAUGUUAACUGUAUAAAGCACAUUUUAUUUUUUACAGUGACCAGCACACUGUACAAUCCACAUUCAAGUGUUAACAGCAAAUAGUACACUAUCCUUUUUACAUUUAUUGUAUUCAGUAAACAAUACACUGUACAGUGUACAUUGUACAACGCACAUUUGAAUGUGUAAACAGUACAAGUUUUUAAUGCACAUUUAAAUGUUUUCAUUAAAAGUUUAAUAUACAUUGCACGUUUAAGUGUUCACUGCACAAUACAGUGUACAAUGCACAUUUGGAUGUAAAUAGUGCAAGCGUACACUGUACAAUGCAUCAUGUCAAUGUUUACAGUUCAAAGUACGCUGUACAAUGCACAUGUGACUGUUAACAUUGAACAGUACAUUACAAUUGUCAUAUUUUGUGCAUCAUGAACUAUUCCUCGACCCUAAUUGUGUCUUCCCAAAUUCAGACAAGUUUUUGUAAUAUUAUGAUUUAUGUAAUUGCAAUUAUAUUAUUAAGUCAGGGUUUAAUAAAACCAACAAUUUAUAAUUUUCCAAUUAUCAAUAUCAAAUUCAAAUGAUCCCUUAAUCCUGUAUUCCCCCCCCCCCCUGAAUAUUCUACCCUGUUAGUAAUCCUGUAACAUUAUGAUUAAAUAUUAAUUGAAAUAAUUGUUUAAACUGUUGUCAUUCAUUUGUUCUAAUUUCAGAAAA